UUAAACUUCUUAUCGUUUUCUACGGAAACGUAAAUGCAAGCAAUCGAUAAGCUCCCAUGCAGCUUGGCGGUACCAUAAGCGCCGAUUAUAAUAUUUUAUAAAAUUAUCCGGCAAAAAAAAUGGUAAUAAUUCUUAAACUGUUGCAGUACAUUCACUUCUCGAUGUUGCUUGCUAGCUAUUAAGUGUCACUGAAAGUUUAAGAAAAAAUUAAAUGAUGUAUUAAAUAAAAUACGACAAAGAAAAAAAUGCGCACAUAGAAAAAUUUACUAUUCGAAAUCUACUUUUGCAGAUUCAUUUCUUCUUCGCAUCUUGGUCAUUACAAGAGUAUAUACAUGUUUGACGAUAAUUGUUAUAAAUAUAAUGAAACUCUUUUGAGGUUUCUUGGUAUAUGGCCUCAUGAAAGAACACAGUGUGAACGUUUUCGUGCAAUAUGCAUCUAUAUGUUACUUAUGUCUCACGCGAUUGCAGAGUUAGCGCAACUUAUUGUAGCUGAUCUUAGUAUAAAUAUUACUAUCAAGAUUUUGUCGGAUGCUCUUACGGCUCUUUUACAAUUUUUAAUUUUUAACACACUUUUCUUGAAUACUACAAAAUUAAAACAAAUGUUGGAAGAACUUAUAAACAAUCGGCGAAUGUUGACAGAUUCACAGGAAAUUAAAAUACUUGAAAGUUACGCUCAUCAAGGAGAAAAAUUUAUAAUUAUUAUAAUAUUAGAAGCAUAUAUCAUAUCAUUAUUCCUGAUAUAA